AUGGGUCUCCGCGCCAGCAAGAUAGCAGCACCGCAGCCCGAGGGCGCGCCUCGCUUCUGGUACCGCGACAACUUCUUCGUCACGACGGACAAGUCGUAUCUUCGAGCCGACGAUGUGAACAAGGUCUUUGCCUCCGAUCUCAUGUGGUGGAACGAGGCCAUCGAGCCAGCACAGAUGGACAAGAUGCUCAAGAACUGCUUGACGCUCAGCAUCUGGUGGGUGCCAGAAACAGCAGAAGACAUGCAAAAACACGGGCCCCCUCGACGAAAAGCAGGCAAGGAUUUGAAGUUUGCUGGCUUCGCGCGCCUCGUCACCGACUAUGUCAGCUUCGCGUACCUGACCGACGUCUUCAUUCUGCCCGACUUUCAGCGCAGGGGUCUCGCCUCGUGGAUGAUGCGCAGCGUCAAGGAGAUGGUAGAUGAGUGGCCGGAUCUGCGGGGCCUGAUGCUCAUGACCCACGACCAGCCCGCGGCCGACAUGUACAAGAAGACGCUGGGGGCCGUCGAUUUCGAAAAGGGGCCGUCGGCGGGGCUGACAAUGUUGGAAAUGGCGGGGCGCGCCGAAAAGGGCCUCCCUGAGGAUCAUUGA